AUGACCAUGCCAAGAAAGGAGCCUUCAAAAGCCAUCAACACCCUAUCAGAUGAUGAGGUCAUGAAGGUCGGCCUUCCGUGCAAUUUUUCUAAUUUGGAAAUGAGGACGCCAAGAGCUACCAGGCGUAGUCCAUCUUCUGAGCCUCGCACCCCAUCAAAGGGCCCUGCGGCGAAAACCUUUUCGCUUGGCUCUCCCAUGGUCACGCCUAAACUGGGUCGGAAGAAAACGAAAUACCGCGUAACGCCUCCCGCUGCUUCUUCUGUUGCACCUGAGCCGAAGCCUGAAUCCGCAAUCCCUGAUAGUUAUCGAGCGCCAGAAGUAUUUGCGUCAUCUGGCUUUCCGCAACGAGAGCUGGAGGCGAGUGCAGAGGCUGUGAGGAAAGGAGAUCCUCGACUGAAGUGGUGCUCGGCGGAGGCUGAUGAGGCCGAGCAGCUGUUGCGUAGAUUCGACAUGGAGGCAAUGUAUGGGCCAAGUGUUGGCUUGAGCAGAGAAGAGAGAUGGAAACGAGCGGCACGGAUGGGGCUGAACCCUCCAUCUGAAGUGAUGGAGAUUUUGCAGAUGAAUUCGAAGAACCACAUGAGUGUUUUUGAUCAAAGAUUGAAUCCCAAGGAGUCUAACGCUACCAACAGAGACCGCGGUUUCGCCGUUGCCUUAUUUCGUAAUUCGUCAUUAGGAUCGUCAGCACCCAAGCCUUUUUUAGGAAAUAUAUCCGUAAAGGGGUUUCUGAUGUAUGGUACUCAAUUACGCUUAUCUCCUCAUCAAACUUUUGCCUUGGCGGAGCUUACUCCACCCCUGGCGCGUCCAAUACAAAACAUAUUCAUUUUUGAUGUUGGCGCUAAUAAUGUAAGUGAGCAGACUAAGAUAGAAAUUUUACUCAUUAAUUUAUCGGUGUGA